UUUUGGCAGUAUGUCGCUAACUCUGACUGGUUUCAUACAAAAUAAUCUUUCCAUUUUCAACACUUUCACAUUUCACAUGUAGAAUCGGUCAGGUUGUUAAUAAUAAUUUGAAUUUAAAGUAAAUAAAUUUGUGGUGAUAAUUUGUGAAUGAAAUAUAAAAGAUGUUCAGAUACGGAAUUUUAAGUGUUGUUCUGAUAAGCUGUUUAUGCUUCGCUGCUGCUGAAGAUGAGACCAAAGCACGCCUUUUGGUCGCUAAACAAAUUAUGAAUAGAUAUCUUGUAGAAAAGAGCGAUAUUAUAGUAAAAUAUACACUUUACAAUGUUGGUAAUGGGGCUGCUAUCAAUGUACAGUUGACUGAUAAUAAUUUCCAUCCAGAAGCUUUUGAUAUAGUUGGUGGAAAAGUUAGCGUAACUGUAGAUCGAAUCGCUCCACAAACAAACUAUACUCAUGUUGUUGUCGUAAGACCAAAAUCUUAUGGAUAUUUUAAUUUCACAGCAGCUGAGGUUAAUUACAAGCCUUUUGAGGAAGCAAAAGAAAUUCAAAUUGCUUUAACUUCUGAACCAGGAGAAGGGGGUAUAGUUGCUUUGUCUGAAUACAAUAAGCGAUUUUCAUCACAUUUCUUCGAUUGGGUUGCAUUCGCUAUAAUGACUUUACCAUCAUUAGCAAUACCAUUUGCGUUAUGGCAUUCUUCAAAAACAAAAUAUGAAAAACUUGUGAAGCCAAAAAAGCACUAAAUUUGCUUUGGAUUAGAACAAAUUUAUUUUCAGAUUUUUUAAAUUCCUUCAUACGUUCACGUGUUAAACUAGUUGAGUCUGUACUCUUAUUUUGAAAUUUGUACUAAAUUAUUGCAAAUCUUUGAUUUAAAUUAAAGUUCAAAUUCGUUUUAGAUUUGAACAAUUUUUCAAAACAAAACGUUGUUU